UUCAGGACCCAGGUCCUCUCCAAAUCAGAAACAAGAUGGCGGAAUUUCAGAAAAAAGGGUCGGAGCUCGAAGAUUUUCAACAAUAAUGCAGAAUUUAUUAUCAGUUUAGCGUUACUUAAUAUAAAAAUAAGUAAAUAGUGGCAUUGCAUUUAUAUAUUUCUGUCACAGUUGAUUUAUUUAUUCAGAAAAGUUCAUUGGUAAUUAUUAGUUUUAUUUUUAAGCCAUGGCAGAGGAGCGGAGGCCCAAGCAGUGCAGUCUGGUCGUGCCCACAGAGUCCAUUAAAGCCAUGUCAGAGUCUGUGGGGGUGGGACAAUUGCAGGAGGAGAGCUGUGUGGCCUUGAGUGAGGAGGUCAGCUAUCGCAUCAAAGAGAUCGCCCAGGAUGCACUGAAAUUCAUGCACCAUGGGAAGAGGCGGAAGUUGACAACUAACGACAUUGACCAUGCCCUAAAACUGAAGAACGUGGAGCCACUGUAUGGGUUCCAGGCACAGGAGUUUAUCCCAUUCCGCUUUGCUAGUGGAGGGGGCAGAGAACUGCACUUCUAUGAGGAAAAGGAGGUGGAUCUGAGUGACAUCAUAAACACGCCCCUCCCCCGAGUCCCACUGGACGUCUCACUCAAGGCUCAUUGGUUAAGUAUUGAAGGUGUCCAACCUUCCAUACCAGAGAACCCUCCCCCAGCUCCGAAAGAGCAACAAAAAUUAGAGUCCACAGAGCCCCUUAAAGCUGUCAAACCUGGACAGGAAGAGGAGAGGUCUAUCCAGGGCAAAGGUCAAGGGGCAACUGCAGCAGAAAACAAAGGGAAAGAGAAGUGUGUGAUGCGGAUGAAGCCACGCAGCACUCACGAGCUGUCCGUGGAGCAGCAGUUGUACUACAAGGAGAUCACAGAGGCGUGUGUCGGGUCUUGUGAGGCCAAGCGAGCGGAGGCUCUACAGAGCAUAGCCACGGAUCCUGGGCUGUAUCAGAUGUUACCGCGCUUCAGCACCUUCAUCUCAGAAGGGGUGCGUGUGAACGUUGUGCAGAAUAACUUGGCCCUGCUGAUUUAUCUUAUGCGAAUGGUUAAGGCUCUCAUGGAUAACCCCACACUCUAUCUGGAGAAAUAUCUGCAUGAGUUGAUCCCUGCUGUGGUGACUUGUAUAGUGAGUAAGCAGCUGUGUCUGAGGCCGGAUGUGGACAAUCACUGGGCCCUCCGAGACUUCGCCGCACGUCUGAUGGCCCAGAGCUGCAAGACCUUCAGCACCACCAACAAUAACAUCCAGUCCCGCAUCACCAAGACCUUCACCAUGAGCUGGCUGGAUGACCGGACAAACUGGACGACGCGGUACGGCUGCAUCGCUGGACUGGCCGAGCUUGGGGCUGAUGUGAUAAAGACGCUGAUCCUGCCACGGCUGACCAUCGAAGGGGCUCGCAUCAAAGCAGUCUCUGAGGGGCCGGUUGUGUCCAACAUCGACAAGAUCGGGGCUGACCAUGUGCAGAGCCUGCUACUGAAGCACUGCGCCAGCGUCAUCGCCAAGACGCGGCCUCUGCCCGACAACGCGGAGCAGUACCGGGCCGACUACGGCUACCUGGGGCCCAUGCUGUGCUCCCACGUGGUGAAGGCCCGCGCACAGGCCGCCCUGCAGGCCCAGCAGGUCAACAGAACCACUCUCACCAUCACACAGCCUCGCCCCACCCUCACUCUCUCUCAGGGGGGCUCGGGGGGGUCUGUGUCCCGCACUCCCAGCAUCAUCAAGGUGCCCAGCUCCCUUACCCUCCCAAUGCAGACCCUCGUAUCGGCACGACCUGGGACCCCCACGCAACCCUCGCCCCCGGCAACCAAGUACAUUGUCAUGGCAACCAGUGCCGGUGCGGCCUCCACGCAGCAGGUACCACUUUACCUUACUGACUUAUUUUCCCUUGAAGGAGCUGCAACUGCUGACUCCUCAAUUACAGGUGAAACUGUAUUCUGUACUCCUCUUGUGUUUAGGAGGCAUUCAAGCGAACCCUUAAAAUCCUGUCAAUGUUUUUUGUUUCCUGUCUGUGUCCUACCUCCCUUAUGCCUGAUAUGGUUGUUGUUGUUGUGGCCCUCCGUGUCUCCUCUCUCUUCUCUUGUCUUUCUGUCUCUCCCCUGUCUCACCUUGUCCUCCUCCCCGCAGGUGAUAACCCUCAGCUCCUCCCGCUCCAGCUCCCCGAUCACCAGCACAGCCCCCAGCUCUGCCUCCACCCUGCAGCCUGUGGUGAAGGUGGAGCACGGGGGCGUGGGUGCUGGGGGGGGAGCCGGGGGAGUGGGGGGGUCCCGCACGCUCCAGAAAUACAUUGUUGUGUCUCUGCCGUCCGCCACGACCGCCGAGGGCAAGGGCUCCGGCCUGCCCCCCCCGUCACCCCUGACCUCUGUCCCACCUUCCACCACCUCGCUGGAGUCUGGAGUCAAGCUGGAGUGCUCCGAGUCCCCGGGGGCUAGCACGCACUCCCCCCACUGAGAGAACGGAGAAGCGCAGAGAGAGCUGGAGGAAGUGGACUGGGGAUAUGGGCUUGGAGAAGCAGAGGAUUCUGGGGGAAAAUAGUAUUUCAGUGGUGUAGCUGGAGGACACCGCUAUCUAGACAGGUGCACCAUGGGAGAAGAAGGAGGUGCAGACCAUUGAUGUUGGAGAGUGUUGGUCUCGCUUCCUCCUUUACUCCUUGUCCUACGUCUGACCUCAGCACAAACACACACACACACACACACACAUGCACGCACGCAGAGUGCGGCUCUCUCUGAUCAUGUCCAAGCAUUUACAUUGUUCAUGUUUCUUUUUAUAUGCCAUAAUAAAACUGAUUUUGUAAUUUU